AUGUGUACUGACGUCCCGUCUAACUCAUUCAUUGCUCUUGACGACUUCAACAGUACCAAGGAAUUGGGCAAUUAUUUGAACUAUCUGCGCAAGAACGACACUGCGUAUCUGAAAUACUUUGAAUGGACCAAACACUAUAGAAUACCAUCCACCUAUAAAAGUGACGCGUUAUGUAGGCUCUGCAGCGACAUCUACCAUGAGAAACAUCUCGAGAUCGAAGACAUCGUUAAGUAUUACCUCCACAAUCAAUGCUCAGAUAGCCAUACUGUUUUGCUCCGUAGGAACACUGGAAGUUUUGUUUUUUCUCCGAUUGAAGCUCUUUCUCAGUUACUGAGAACUCUUGGACUAGCGCUCAGUUAA